AUCGCUCUGUUCACCUCGGAGCUUGUCAAAGGAAACGACGAUCGCGGCAAAAAUAUACGGCGGAACAUCGUGCGGUACUGCGUCGCUUCGCAAUGCCUCGUUUUCCGGGAUAUUCAUUUGGGAGUCAGGAAACGUUUCCCAACACUCGAAACGAUGGUUGCUGCCGGCUUUCUCCAGAAGCAUGAGCUGGAGAAGUUCAAGGAAUGCAAGAGCCGAUAUGCUAAGUACUGGUUGCCGUUCAAUUGGGCUCUCCAUUUGUUGAAUACAGCACUCGAUGAGAAGCGUCUUGAUGGGGAAAUCGCAAGGAACGCCAUCGCACAGGUCGACCUCUACUUCCCAAUUAUGACCUCUAUUGAGCUCAUCUGUUACGUAGGAUGGAUGAAAGUAGCUAUGGAGCUGUUGAAUCCGUUCGGCGAAGACGAUGAAGAUUUUGACUGCAACUUUCUUCUGGAUAGAAACCUUACCAUCUCUUUGGCUGCGGUCGACGACGCAUUCGAUGAUAUCCCAGAAGUCAGCCCAGAUAUGUUUUGGCAGGACACGGUAUCACCGCUUAUAUUCGCAAGAAAUGGCAGGAAAGCACGUCAAUUUCUACGUGGGGAGCUUCCCAGUGAUGUGACGGAGAUCACGAUGGUGCCGCAUCCGCAGAAUGAGAAGUUCGAUCACUACAUUCAGAAACCGUCACGGCGUCGACUGAGACCGUAUCCAGCACUCGAAGCAAAUGGCACGUCAAUACUAAACCAGCUGUUUCGGCGGAAACCGUCUUCGUCCAUCAUUGAGGAGACGGUGAUCGCGAACAAUAACAAGCCUCGGUCAUCGAUUGACAUAGGCUACGGCCCGUGGAGACCCGCUCCUCAAACUGCAGCCGCUUUUACCUGUCGAAAAAGCAUGUGA